UUCACAGCCUUUUUUGUAAAGGAAAACAGUUUCUUCUUUUACUUAUAAUUCUUCAUACACAGAAAGCAAAGUAGCUAAAAGAAAUAAGAAAUUAAAUCAUGCCUUGCUUUAAUCUUUCAACAAACGUUAAUCUUGAUGGAGUAGACACUGCUGAUUUCUUCUCUGAAGCCACCAAAGCUGUUGCUUCUAUCAUCGGAAAACCCGAAAACUUCGUGAUGGUUGUACUGAAAGGAUCAGUGGAUAUAUCAUUUGGAGGGAACAAGGACCCUGCUGCAUUUGCUGAGAUUGUAUCCAUGGGUGGCAUUAACUCAGAUGUCAAGAGAAAACUUAUUGCAACACUCGGCGCCAUUUGCCAGAAUAGAUUCUCCAUUCACAGAACUCGAUUCUUUCUUAAGGUCUAUGAUACCACAAUGGCUACCAAAUUCUCCAAACUCUAAGUAGGCUUUUGGCCAUAGGAUUUGAGAGUCAACUUGAUUUCAACUCAACGUUGGUUGAGCAUAAUGUUGUCAAAGAAACUAUAGAUUUUCUAAAUUUUCCAUAAGAGUGAAGUCAUCUAUGCAAAAUAUGGAUAAGCAACACUAUUACUUUAAAUGUACUAUCAUAUUCAAAAA